ACGCCGAAUCCGUCUCCUCUGCCCCCAAUCCACACCAGCUUCACCAGUCCCUGCCACCAACGUACACCAUCGACAGCCGUGAGCACCCAUCUUCGAGCUCCCAUCCUCGCGCCAGUACCCAUACGAUAGCAUCGAACCAGCCACGCCAGGCCCUCGGCCGGAGACAACGCAGCGAUUCAGACCAGGAACAGACGGGCUGGGUCGGAGGUACCUCAAAUCGGAGUUCUCGUUACAAGCGCCACCGGACCGACAUGCCAGCUGAUGAUGAUGCUCGUACCUCGAACGGGACGUCGAGGCCUAGCCAUAAUGGUGCUUCCACUGCUGAAAGCACGACAUCCUCGGCCAACGGCAUAUACAAAGCGACGAUAGCGACAAAUGGCGCCUCGGCUGCCUCUCGUUUGGCCUCCUCCUCAUACCAUGGCCAUGACAGGGAGGAGGUCACUCGCAUCCUCAUACAGACCUUGGCGGACAUGGGAUAUCAGUCCGCUGCCGAGUCUUUGAGUCACGACAGCGGCUUUCAGCUGGAGAGCAAAACUGUUGGAAGCUUUCGAACUGCUAUCAUUGAUGGGGUGUGGGAUGUGGCCGAAGAACUCCUCUCUGGGGCUGCUGCCUCCGGUGACAGGAGUCAGCAGGGUAAUGGUUUGGUGCUUGCUUCAGGAUCCAACCCAAGCCUCAUGCGAUUUUGGAUACGACAACAGAAGUUCUUGGAAUUACUGGAAAGCAAGCACAUCAGCCAAGCUCUUGUGGUUCUGAGGACGGAGCUUACGCCAUUAUACCAGGACACUCAGAAGCUCCACAUGUUGUCAAGUCUACUCAUGUGCACCUCGACCGAAGAUUUGCGGUCUAAAUCCGGCUGGGACGGCUCACGGGGGAAUUCAAGACGUGAGCUGCUUUCGGAACUAUCCAACCAGGUGAAGCAGAGUCAGAUCGAUAGCUGUCUCUGGCACACCAGCGCAUCCUCGCCAUCUCUCUACUCCGACCACAUUUGUGACCGCACUCACUUCCCCAACGAGACUGCACUGCAACUCACUGAUCUGACGGGUGAGGUUUGGGGUGUUCAGUUUUCCAACGAUGGACGGAGACUGGCUGGAUUUGGAUCUAAUGACACGGUUAUGAUCUGGGAAGUCCCCUCUUUCAACGUUGUCCGAACACUAGGGGAACAUGUCGAUGGCUGCGCGAAUCUGGCAUGGAGCCCGGAUGACUCCAUGAUAGUAACAUGCGGUCGUGAUAAGCAUGCACGGCUGUGGGAUACCAAGUCGGGCCACCUCCUAAAGAAGAUCGGCCGCCUCGCAGAGCCCGUCAGUGGGUGCGUCUGGGCGCCGGACGGCCAAAGCUUCGUAGUCAGUUCACUGGACAAGGAGCACAGUAUACAGUCCUGGAGCGUAGACGGAGAGCUCAUAUGCGACUGGGCUAAGAAGCACAGGGUCCAAGACGUCUGUGGUUCCGCCGACGGCCACUGGCUGGUCGCCGUAGACGACUCGCAGUCUAUUCACAUCUACAACGCUGUGACGCGAAAGCUUGAAUGCACUAUGAAGCUUGAUUCUAGGCCAACCUCGGUUAGCAUCAGCGUGGACUCGAGGCAUCUGCUGGUCAACAAACAAAACGACGAGGCGCAGCUGAUCGAUCUGGUCGCUCGGAAACCCGUGCAGAAAUUCCUCGGACACACAGGCGGCGCCUGUUUGAUUCGGAGUGCUUUUGGCGGUGCGAACGAGAGUUUCGUCGUCAGUGGCAGCGAAGACGGCAGCAUACUUAUCUGGCACAAGAACAGCGGAGUGGCCGUGGAAAAGCUACAGGGCCACUCUCCUCGGACAAAUGCUGUUGUGUGGAACCCGACAGAUCCGUGCAUGAUUGCGUCCUGUGGCGACGAAGGCGUUAUCAAGAUGUGA